CUCUAAGCACAAACCCACACCUCCUCUCUCUGCUCCCACCUCCACCUUAGCGAGAUCCAGGUCGCGAGAUCCCGAGAUCCAGGUCGCGGCAGCAAUGGCGGGGACGGUCACUGUCCCUGGGUCGUCGGUGCCCUCGACGCCGCUGCUCAAGGACGAGCUGGACAUCGUGAUCCCGACGAUCCGCAACCUCGACUUCCUUGAGAUGUGGCGCCCCUUCUUCCAGCCGUACCACCUCAUCAUCGUGCAGGACGGCGACCCCAGCAAGGUCAUCAAGGUGCCCGAGGGCUUCGACUACGAGCUCUACAACCGCAACGACAUCAACCGCAUCCUCGGCCCCAAGGCAUCAUGCAUCUCCUUCAAGGACUCCGCCUGCCGCUGCUUCGGCUACAUGGUCUCCAAGAAGAAGUACGUCUUCACCAUCGACGACGACUGCUUCGUUGCCAAGGACCCAUCUGGCAAGGACAUUAAUGCUCUUGAGCAGCACAUCAAGAACCUCCUCAGCCCGUCCACCCCCUUUUUCUUCAACACCUUGUAUGACCCCUACCGUGAAGGAGCAGACUUUGUCCGUGGAUACCCCUUCAGCCUUAGGGAGGGUGCCCCCACUGCUGUAUCCCACGGCCUGUGGCUCAACAUCCCUGACUAUGAUGCACCCACACAGAUGGUCAAGCCACGUGAGAGGAACAGCAGGUAUGUUGAUGCUGUCCUGACUAUUCCCAAGGGAACGCUAUUCCCCAUGUGUGGCAUGAACCUUGCCUUCGACCGUCAGCUCAUUGGCCCUGCAAUGUACUUUGGCCUCAUGGGUGAUGGACAGCCUAUCGGUCGCUACGAUGACAUGUGGGCUGGAUGGUGUGUGAAGGUCAUCUGCGACCACUUGAGCCUGGGAGUGAAGACUGGCCUGCCAUACCUGUGGCACAGCAAGGCUAGCAACCCCUUCGUGAACCUGAAGAAGGAGUACAAGGGCAUCUUCUGGCAGGAGGACAUCAUUCCAUUCUUCCAGAGCGCCACCCUCUCCAAGGAGUGUGACACAGUCCAGAAGUGCUACAUCUCACUGUCGGAGCAGGUCAGGGAGAAGCUUGGCAAGAUUGACCCUUACUUCGUGAAGCUUGCUGAUGCCAUGGUCACCUGGAUUGAAGCCUGGGAUGAGCUGAACCCAUCUGCUGCUGCUGCUUCUGAUGUUGCUGCUGAGAAUGGAAAGGCGGCCAAGUAGGUUGGAUCUUUGCAAGUGAGAGAGUGUAUGGUCGGGGCCUAGGCCCUCCUAGAUAUAGCUCUUUUUGAGAAGGAAGAGAUUACUGAAGCAGCUUUUAUAAUUCUUUGUUGUUAUGCUGGUGGUUCUUUUGUAGCUGGAAAGAGGAUUUGUCAUCAUUUACAUAAUUUCAAGACAAUAAUAAUUUAUAUCGUGUAAUUUUGAGAAA